AUGAUACGAACAGUCCAUCAUAACGUCUGGACAGUGCAAUGCGCUCGUCUGCACAUAGGACGCGCUACAGCUCUCGCGACGAACGACUUUGUUCGUCGUUCGCCUUAUAAUGAUCCCAACAGCGGCUCAAAACUGCGUGCGAGCGCACCAGGAGUUGAUGCGCAAUGGCUCCAUGUGGGCCCACGAGGCAUUGGUAGUUCCGAUAUGUGGGCCAAAGAUAUGCCUCGUAUCAAUAUGAGCAACGCUUUGAUGGCGUCAUAUACGAGCAACUUUAUCCAAACAGCUGUGAACCCUGUACUGGCUACACGCGACCCAAGCGACAAACAGGCAUAUGUUGAAGCUCUGGUGCUAAACGAGACCAUGCAAGACGCGCAUAUCCCACGUGAAUGUUUUGUCAUAUCGACCCUCAUUGGCAGCAAUGUGCUUCAAGCGACUCAUAAUGCCAAGCCCGAGGAACGACUGACCAAGGAAUACGUGGAGAAAGGGGUGGCAAUGACCCGACAGGAGCUGGAUGUCGAGACGGUGGACCAUGUUGUGUGCCAGAUACCAGAGGAGCUGCUGGCCCGACGACCAGAAAAGCAGAGGGAGGUGAUGGACAAGCUGAAAGGCACCUGUGACGUGCUGGAAGCCAUGUGUGACAAGGGAACUGUGCAAAGUUACGGCUUUUCGCUGCCAAUGGUGGUCGAGUCAAGUCAACUACUGGAGGAGUUAGUGGACAAGACGUUGACUCCGCUAUCUGAACAGUUUGGACGGUUUGCAUCACUGCAGCUGUCUCAGCACGUUGGUAGCGCGCUGUUUCCACUCCCGGAGAGUGUGAUGCAGUUUCGUACCGAGCGUGAGAUGUUUUUUAUUGGAGACCGACCGCUUGAAGCGAUGCUGUCGAGUGGUAACCCGUUCCAUCUGAAGACGUACGAGACUAUGAGUGGUGAGGAGGUAGCGCUGCAGCUCAAGACAGCGUUCAACUUUGCGAUUGCUGUGGAGGAGAAGUACGCGAAAACGAUACGUCCGGAGAAUGAACACCCUGAUUUGCCAUCGACAGAGGAAGUGGCGUGGGCGCACGUGUUGGCCAACCAGUGCAGUCAGUUUGACAACCUUCAAGUCUGGAUAUACGUCCGCGAGACCCAGAUUGCACCUCGCUUGGACGCCACCCUCAAGCAAUUGAACAAGCACAAGGAGACCAAGGAGCUGGGGUUUGCCUACUUGAUGGCCAUGAAGCAGCUGCUGAAGUAUUUUACGAAAUCAGUUGAGCUGGAAGCUGCUGCGCGAUCGACUGAGCUCAUGGCUGCAUGGAAGGAGGAAAAGGGACUGCUGCCGUCCGACUCGAUCACUAUCGAAGAAGUGGCAGUAAUGGCAGCUCUUAGCGCCGGUAUGGACAUCGCGCUGCUCGGAGAGCAGCUGCCCGCUUCGUCAUCACUGCCAUUUACUGAGAAGUUUUCCUUUGGUCAACUACAACAGGCUGCGAGGCUAGCAAAACCUCAUUUUAUCGUCGCAUAG